AUACAGAGGGAGCUGCCGUCAGUUGAAUUCUUGUGUCGCGUUAAAUUUUAAUUGUGUUCUGCUCAACCAUUUCAUCAAUCUCGUCAUUUAGUCUGUGCAAAGAUCAAAUUUUACCGGCGAAAUUGUUGAAAAUUUUGAAUAUGCGUGCUGAUGAAGCCAUUCACCUUCUUGGGUUUCCUCCCAAUUCCCGUCCCUCUCCUUCCCAGGUUAAAGAGGCCUAUAAAAAGUUGGUCUGGGAAACUCAUCCUGAUCGUUUUCCACUUCCUCAAAAGCCUCAGGCGGAAUGCAGGUUCAAGUUGGUUUCGGAAGCCUACACAUACUUGUUAUCUGGUGUCAGGCAAGAAGGGUCAGCUACAGGAACAUAUUCUAGAGUUGUACGAUAUGGAGGUCAAAGAUCGCAUGGAGGAAAAAGGAAUAGCGCUCUAAUCGGGGUCCCUUUCCUUUUUAUCAUUCUGGGAACAUUUGCACUUGGUGGGUCAUUUGCGUCAAGGGCUUACAAAAGGCAGAAGGAGGCAUAUCCGUCCCAUAAUCCGUUCCUUCCCUGAUACAGAAAUUGGAUACUCGGUCAAGCCUAUAACUGUGGGAAUGGUAGUUGUGGUGGUAGAUGCAAUAAUUCAACUAUAUCAGUUAUAUAUGAAAUUUUCCAGAACAGAAGUGAUUUGGUGCAUCGGUUUUUACUAUAAAUUGUUACCUUAUGAGCAACUGGUCAAAAGAUGUUAAAUUUUAGUUUUAGGUAUGUUCUUUUAAUCAAUACUUAAAUUUUGUACCAGGAAAAAAAAUUCUUGGCCCGAGAUGGGAGAUAUAAUACAAGUUCAAGUAUUGUAGAAAGAUGUGAUUUGAUUGC